UAUUCCACUUUCCCUUUUAUCGCUACCGCACGUUGAAUAAUUUUUCCUCGCAAACACUGUCUUGCGUGAGGGUUCACUUUCCCGAUCGCCUUGGAAGAAGCUGCCUGGUGGCACAGCAGUUCCCGGAUUUCUCUCAGUUCGGUGACCGGACGAUGGGCGAUAGUCAGUACUCUUUCUCUCUCACCACCUUCAGUCCUUCAGGGAAGCUCGUACAGAUAGAGCACGCUCUAAUGGCUGUCGGAUCCGGGCAGACCUCUCUUGGGAUCAAAGCCGCAAAUGGUGUUGUUAUUGCAACCGAGAAGAAGCUGCCUUCAAUUUUAGUGGAUGAAACAUCUGUCCAGAAGAUUCAACUUAUGACGCCUAACAUUGGCGUUGUCUACAGUGGAAUGGGUCCAGAUUCCCGUGUCUUAGUUAGAAAAAGCCGAAAGCAAGCACAACAGUAUUUCAGACUCUACAAAGAGGCAAUUCCAGUCACACAACUAGUCAGGGAAACGGCUACCGUAAUGCAGGAAUUCACUCAGUCUGGUGGCGUAAGGCCUUUUGGCGUUUCUUUGCUAGUUGCUGGAUUUGAUGACAGUGGUCCGCAGCUUUAUCAGGUUGAUCCUUCUGGAUCAUACUUUUCAUGGAAAGCUUCUGCUAUGGGUAAAAAUGUUUCAAAUGCAAAGACAUUCCUUGAGAAGAGGUACACUGAGGAUAUGGAGCUUGAUGAUGCUGUUCAUACUGCUAUUUUGACCUUGAAAGAAGGUUUUGAAGGCCAAAUUUCAGGCAAAAAUAUUGAAAUUGGGUUAAUUGGCACUGACCGGAAGUUCAGGGUGUUGAGCGCAGCUGAAAUUGAUGAUUACUUGGCUGAAGUGGAGUAAAUCUCUUCUCUUUUUGGUGAAGAUCUGAUCUAAUAACCAAGAAGAAAAAAUGCAUUGAAUUUUUCUCUGUUAACUGACAUUGAUCUUCCGAUGUAUUGUGUAACCUAAGCCUAUCUAUUUCAAUUAAACCUUUUCUAUUCCACAUUUUAUUCGAUUA